AUGACCACUACUGCCCAACUACAGCGUGUGCACGACGUCGUCACCCUCGACCGCCUCGUCGCCCUCGUCGACCGCCGCCUCUCCACCACCACCGCCGACGACGACGCACUCGCCCGCAUCCAGCUCGACGCAACUCUCAGCCGCGCCCAAGAGCUCGUCGACUCGCUCUCGUCGUCGUCGCCCCACCCGGCCGCCAGCUCGUCGGCCCGGCCGCCAAAGCUCGACCAGCUCGCGGCCCGUCUCGCACGCGCUCACGCCCGCGCCGCCGCUCUCCCUCGACCUGUGCCCGACGACCUCGUCAAGAGCCCGACCGCCGAGCCAUCCCCACUCGCCGCGCUCCUCGACGCCCUCGGACCCGUAAAGCCCGUCACGUCGCUCGACGCGCUCCCGUGGCCCCCUGCGGCAUCCACCUCGACCCUCCCUCCUUCGCCGACCCGUUCCCUCGCGCCCGACGACGACGACGACGCCGUGGCGCCGCCGCCUCUCGGCGCCGCCACCGCCGCCCCGGGCACGAGCGAGCGCAGCGCCCUCGCGGCGCUUACGCCGCCAGCGCCCGCCCCAUCCUCGUCGGUCGCGUCCUCCAGCGCACUGCCGCCCACCGAUCCCGCGUCGGCCCCGGCCCCGGUACCGGCGGGCUCUCGCCUGCGCGCUCGCCGCACCGCACCCGCCCCGACCUCGACCUCGCGCCCGGCCUCGACGACGUCGGCCGCCACCUCUGCCGACGAGGCCGACGCGCCCACCUCGUCCUCAUCCACCUGCCGUCCACCCGCACCCGCACCCGCACCCGCACCCGGCGACGGCGACAAGCCCGUCCCAGCCUACCUCGCAGCCAAGCGUGCGCGCGCGCGCGAAAAGGCCCUGCGCGCCGCGGCCGACGACGAGGCGGCGGCGGCGCGUCUCGAGGGGGAGCGCGCGGCGGCUGAGCGCGAGAAGGAGGAGCGUGAGCAGGAGGAGCGCGAGAGGGAGGGGAGGAGCGAGGGGAGGGGGAGGCUGGGGCUCAGGUUGAGGGGGAGGGGCGGCAAGGGCAAGGGCAAGGAGAAGGGGAAAGAGAAGGAGGAGGAGGGCGACGAGGCCAAGGGCAAGGGCACGAGCGCGAGGGACGAGCUCCUCCCCGUCGGGGCGUCGAGCCGAGGCGCAGGCGCCGACCUGGCGUCGUACCACGCGUCGGAGCAAGCGUCGCUCCUCGGCGCCCUCUCGUCGCUCUCGUCGACGCUCAAGGCCUCGACGCUCGAGUUUUCGAGCCUGCUCGAGCGCGACCGCGAGGUGCUCGAGCAGGCCGAGGGCAAGCUCGAGGGGAGCGAGGGCCAGAUGAGCAAGGAGGGCCGAAGGCUCGAGGGCGUGCGCAAAAAGGGCAGGGGGACGACGUGCGCCACGUUGGGCAUCCUCGCCGUCGUCGCCGUCCUGUGGGUCCUCGUCUUCUUGCUCAUCAAGGUGACCUGAGCGACGCCGUCUCUCUUCCUCUCUCGCGGCGGGUCGAGGCAAUGCAACGUCGGCCGUCUUUGCCUCUUU